UGAGUAAAGCUGCCUGGCCAUUACCUCGGGCACAGCCCCUGGAUUCGGGGCUUGUUUCCGUGUGUGUGUGUGACUGACCGGGGCUGGCGUCUGGAGCCUGAUCGCCUGUUUUCCUUUAGAUGACAAUUAACUUGGUGCGCUGAAGCAUUGCUUUCUCAUCCUGAGUGAGGCGGUGUCUUCGCCCCACACAGUGUUGCCAUCUGGCGAUUCCUCAUUGUGGCUGUCAUCAAAACUUAUUGAUGAAGUGCAAAAGGUGAUUAAGGUCACUCCAGCUCCCUCUCGGGUCACAGCGUGGACCGGUCAAGGCUGUUGCUGUACGCAAUCCGUCGCUGCAAAUUUUAACAACCGCAGAUUGUUAAUAACCAGAGGGAGUAAAUAGCUCAACUUGCUGGUGUGACCUUGACAGACUGAUGACGAAUAAAGCAUCUACUUUUCGCGUUUUGAAGAGCUAAUUAACAGCCCAGCAGGAGUACGCCUGGCGAUGAAUGAUGUUACCACAAUGAAUGACAUGUCUACGGUCGAUGAUGAACUAUUGGCUUCAACAACUAUGGAUCUCAAUGGGGACCCCAACUACUCAGUGCCUAUGGGAGCUGAGCAAAAAACUGUAUUUGCAUUUGUAAUUUUCUUAUUGGUUUUCCUGAUAAUCCUGGUGGUUAGGUGUUUUCGGAUAUUGCUGGACCCCUACAGCAGGAUGCCUGCUUCAUCAUGGUCUGAUGGCAAAGACGGGCUGGAGAGGGGACAGUUCGACUAUGCCUUGGUGUGAAGUCAGGAAUGAUUUCUGAAACCUUUGCCUCUGCUCAGCUGCUAAUUCUCUUUUCUGUUUUAGUUUACAAAUAAUUGGCUUCUUAAUGUUUUGAAGGUACAUUCUGGUCAAGAUACAAUCUGUUCCUUGAGCUUGCAUUAUUAUCUAGGCACAGUCUCUUUCUUGGUCUUGCUAGCAGUGUUUUAAAUCACUGGUACAUGUGGUAUAAUGCAACAUGAGUGACAUUGUUAAAUCAGCUUGCAGCUCUUGAAUGGCAGAGUGUCUACUGUCCAGCUCUGGAACCUGGGGCUGUUGCAAACCAGUGACUGUACCCCUUUAUUGGUUGUGUUUGGAAUCAUUUUCUCAUUAGUGAUUACAAAGAAGAAUUUCAAUUAACUUGAACAGGGCAUAGGGUUGUUUGUA